AUGCCGCCUGCAGCCUCCAGCCUCUGGCGGUCCCACCUCCGGCGGCCCCAAGCCGCCGCCUGCAGCCUGCAGCCUCCGGCGGCCUUGCCUUCAGCAGCCCCAAGCUGCCGAGACACCAGUGGUCCAGCCGUCAGUGGUCCAGACGCCUACAGCCCCUGGAUGCCAGCCGUCCAGCAGUCGGCGGUCCUGACACCUGUAGCCCCUGGACGCCAGCGGUCCAGUGCCUCUGGUGGCCCCGAGCUGGUGCCAGCAGCUUCCAGCCUCCGGCGGCCCCCAGCCACGGCCUGCAGCUUCAAGCGGCCGCCUGAGGCCCCGCCUCCGGCGGUCCCGCCUCCCGCGUCCCCGAGCCGCCACCUGCAGUCUCCAGCCGCCUGCAGUUUCCAGCAUCCAGCGGUCCCGCCUCCGGUGGCCCUGAGCCACCGCCCGCAGCCUCCAGCCUCCAGCGCUUCCAGCCUCCAGCCUCUGGCAGUCCCGCCUCCAGAGGCCCCGAGCCACCACCUGAAGCCUGCAGCCUCCGGGGGCCCUGCCUUCAGCAGCCCCAAGCUGCCGAGACACCAGCGGUCCAGCGGUCGGCGGUCCUUACACCUGCAGCCCCUGGACGCCAGCGGUCCAUUGGUCAGCGGUCCCAAUGCCUACAGCCCCUAG